AUGCUAAAUAAAAAAUUCAAUGGUUGGCUACCAAUUACGAAUUGGUAUAAAUAUCGUUACCAAUUGUUUAUUAGCAUUGCCCUCGUAGCCGGAGGACAUUUGGAAGAAUAUGGUGGUCACAAUUUAUUGGAUUCGCAUCACGACGAAUACAGUCAUCCGCAAUACACUUACAAAUAUUCCGUGCAUGAUCCACACACAGGAGAUUCAAAAGAUCAAUGGGAAACUAGAGAUGGUGACAUCGUAAAAGGAUCGUACAGCGUUGUUGAAGCUGAUGGCAGCGUUCGUAAAGUUGAAUACACGGCUGAUAAACAUAACGGAUUUAAUGCUGUCGUAAAAAGAACCGGACAUUCUCAACACCCACAAGUUUCUUCUUCGGGACAUCUUUUCCAAUCUGGAUUGGGAGGUCAUUAUUAA